AUGUUUGGAUCGUCGCAAUUGCCAGUUGCAAAAGUUACAGACAUCUUUUUCCUGGUAGUGGAGGCAAAGAAAGAAUGGCUCGAUAGCGCAGUACCUCAAGUCCUUGCUAAAGCCGGAUGCCUACUGAAAAAGCGAUUGGCUGCUGGAAAGAACACUCCAGUGCUUGCUGUCCUCACCAAUGGGACUCUCUUUCGCUUCUUUGCGAUUGAUACUGACGGGAUAGUGUAUGCUUCCACCAUUCAUCUAUUGAAACUUGGCAAUGACAGAACAUACAAGACAAGCACAUCUCUCUCUGAAAUACUUUGCUGGUUCACUUGGUUUAUGACUGCCAUCAAGUCUGUCUCUCCCCGUGCGUCCAGCGAGGAUUUGACCGACACAAUGACUACUGACUCGCUGACUCGACUCAGAAGCUGCUUUGAGCCAAAGGUUCCGAUUCAAAACAAAAAGGCCAAGAUUGAAAAGUAUCUUUCAAAUAGGAAUCAAAUCCCCAACAUCUUGCGAGACAGCAAGGAAUUAGACGAGUUCAUUGCAUUUUCUUUCAUAGACUUGCAAAUAGACUUGAUCAACGAUAUAUUCGAACACAAACAUAUAGUGAAUGGCUUUCAAAAAAAGACUUCAUCUUUUUUGGACUCUUACGCUCUUGCUCAACUUUCUCUUUCUACUACUGGCGGUACUCUUUUGCGAUCAGACAAUUCUAUUCCAGCCCAAAUGUCGCAAAUACUUUUUUAUAUCAAUAUUUCAAACAGUUCUGCUCAAGGUAUUGCUCUUUGUCUGGAUUCAGUUAAAAGCUCUUCAGCAAAAGGUCUCAAAUUUCAUUUGAUUGUAUCAAUCAUCACUUGUGUUCAAAUUCAAGUAAAUGAAGAUUUGGAUGAAGAUUUUUUAAAGGCUACCAAUUAUUUUGAAUCUGUCUUGCAUCGUGGUGAUAAAAAAGUUUACAUUGUUGAAGCAAAGAAUGAUAUGCGUCAAAAAUGGUUUAAAUUUUACUUGAAUGUGAGGUUGCAGCAAAAAUUGGUCAUUUGGAUCUGGUCUAUGGAGUUGUUACCAAUUAUAUGCAGUGUAAUUUUUUGCGUAAUCUUAAUGAAAAGAUUGAAUUGA